AUGGGCGCAAAUUUUUUCUCUUCGUUAACGUGCGGACUUGCAGCUGCGUUAUGCCUAACGGCUGUAUGGUCGCAGUCAAUUAACGCAGAAUCUGUUGUGGUUUCGUAUGAUGACCCGUUGAUCUACUACAAUGGUCGAUGGGAUAUCGAACCGGAGACAUGGUGGGUUGGUUCUGGAUUCAAGGUCAACGUGCAAAACCUCUCAAACCUGACGCUGAACCUCGGUCCCUAUACCUCCGAUCCCGUUCUGCUUGGCGUAUCGGUAAACUAUGGAAACUUCACGGGAUUUAACGCGACACAGGGCGAAAACGUCAUUCCUUUGGGGGAUCUUGCGCCUGGCUCGAACGCAGUGGUGAGGAUUAAUUCUGUAGGAUGGGAAGACAACCACAUGAAUCUCGAGACGAUUCAAAUCAAUUCUGGUGCAGUUCUCUUACCUUACGAGCCUUCUCGUAUUGCUUUCCAGUUUAUUGGUGACUCUCUGUCUGCUGGCCAAUAUGUUCCGUUGGGAGUCGAUCAAGCGUGGCCGUUUCUCACAUCUGAGUAUUUCAAAGGCGAACACAAUAUUCAGGCGCAACCAGGAAUCGCUUUGUCGGCAUGUCGUGCGCGUUUUUUCGAUAUAUACUCAUACGGAAAUGUUCACGGCAUGUCAUACCAAUUCUUCCAGACCGAGGACACGCAGUACUACUAUGAUGCUAUGCACAACUACACGACUCCGUGGAACUUUGCAAGAGACUAUCCUGCUGCCACGCACGUCGUAGUCAUGAUCGGUGCUAACGACAGCGGAAAUAACGUGACGGCAUCUUCGUUUUAUGAGACCUAUAUAGACUUCUUGGCUAGGAUACGUCUUAUUUAUCCUGUCCAACCGAUGUUCAUCAUUCUCCCGUGGGGCUGGCCGAGCGCUGAUGCUCCUCCAGCGCCUUAUUAUGUCGGAAUCUACCAGGAGGUUGUGGAAUACCGCCAAAGUGUCGGAGACAGAAACGUCUAUUUGGUCAAUGCUACUGGAUGGAUUGAUUAUAGCGACGUGUUUCCGAGCAAUUUGCAUCCGACAGUCGAAGGUCACCAGAAAGUGGCAGGUUAUUUCGAGAGCUGGCUGGAAGAAUGGGGGCUAGUAGCUGAGCCUACCUGGGCUACUCCCGCAUAG